GGUUACUUGCGUCCGGGAGGCUGUAGUCCCUGCCGGCACCACGGAGACCACAGCCGAGGGGUCCACCGCCGCCGUGACAAAGAAGCAGGGGAAGGAUGUGGGUUUUUGGUUACGGGUCCCUGAUCUGGAAGGUGGACUUCCCCUAUCAGGACAAGGUGGUUGGAUACAUCACAGGCUUCAGCAGGCGCUUCUGGCAGGGCAGCACCGACCACCGCGGGACCCCCGGCAAGCCUGGAAGAGUUGUGACUCUUGUUGAAGAUCCUGGGGGUUGUGUAUGGGGUGUUGCUUAUAAACUGCCAGUAGGAAAGGAAGAAGAAGUAAAAUCAUACCUUGACUUCAGAGAGAAAGGAGGCUACAGGACCAUAACAGUCAUUUUUUAUCCAAAAGAGUGCACGACGAAACCAUUCACUGUGUUGCUAUAUAUUGGAACAUGUGAUAAUCCUAAUUAUCUUGGUCCUGCACCUCUGGAAGACAUUGCUGAGCAAAUUUUUAAUGCAGCUGGUCCAAGUGGAAAAAAUUCAGAAUAUCUUUUUGAACUUGCAAAUUCUAUGAGAAACCUUGUGCCAGAAGAUGCAGACGAUCAUCUUUUCUCUUUGGAAAAAUUGGUAAAGGAACGUUUAGAAGGAAAACAGAACCUCAAUUGCUUAUAAAGACCCUAAUCAUUGAUUUUCCAAACAAGCAGAGCUUUUAGUCUUCAGAGAAUAGCUUCAUUGCACAACAGCAAUAUGAUUUGGAAACAUGUUUACUUGAAGAUCUUAUUUAUUUUUAAUGUUGUCAAGAUAUCGUCAAAGUUUAAUUUCGAGUGUCCUGAAACACAUCCAUAUUUAAAAUAUUGGGAUAGAAUUAAAGAAAAAAUUCAAGUUUUAAUAAUAUAAUAAUUUCCUAACUAUAUGAUAUUGAACACUUGCUCAUGAGAAGUGAAUUCUUUAGAAAAAUACAAUGAAGGACUCAAUUCAGAGCUUGUUUUUAUCAGAGUAAAAAUAAUUCUGUUGUUUCAUAUCACAAUACUACUUUGAAGUUGUAGAGAAUUAAACAAAAAAGCCAAUAAAUAUAAUAAGCUUAUACCUUCA